AUCAAAACGAAACUAGAGAGAAUCAAUCUCAUUGAUCAAGAACAGGACCAGAGAGAGAGAGAGAGAGCGAGAGAGAGAGGGUUUUGCGAAAAAGAGGAAGGUCUUUGUGUGUGUGGGAAAAAAGUUGGUGGUUAAAUCUGAGUGUUAGAGAUGGUGUUGGUAUUGGCGCUGGGGGAUCUACACAUACCCCACAGAGCACCUGAUCUCCCUGCAAAGUUCAAGUCCAUGCUUGUUCCUGGCAAGAUCCAGCACAUCAUUUGCACUGGCAAUCUUUCUAUCAAAGAAGUUCAUGACUACUUGAAGACUCUUUGCCCUGACUUACAUAUCACUCGAGGUGAAUAUGAUGAAGAUACUCGAUAUCCAGAGACCAAAACAUUAACUAUUGGUCAAUUCAAGUUGGGACUGUGCCAUGGUCAUCAGGUUGUUCCGUGGGGGGAUUUGGACUCACUAGCAAUGCUCCAGAGGCAGCUGGAUGUGGACAUACUUGUGACCGGUCAUACCCAUCAAUUCACAGCUUACAAACACGAGGGAGGUGUUGUUAUAAACCCAGGGUCUGCCACCGGUGCCUACAGCAACAUUACCUAUGAUGUGAACCCAAGCUUUGUCCUCAUGGACAUUGAUGGCCUACGUGUGGUGGUGUAUGUUUACGAGCUCAUUGAUGGCGAGGUUAAAGUCGACAAGAUUGAUUUUAAGAAGACGACUACUGCCACUCACUCCGCUCAUUGAAUCUGCAGCCUGCAGGUUUUUUUUUUCCUUUUCUUUUCCUGGUAUUGUAUUUGGAUUCCUUGAAAUGAAAUGUGAUCCACUAUUUGUGCAUAUUUGAGUGGAGAAAGCCUUUGGUUCAUUUAUGAGUUAUGACAAUUUAGAACCAUCAAUGAAAUUUAUAGUUUAUGAAUAA